AACGAACAGAAAGUUUAAGGGCAAGGGUACACUUUGCAUGCGCUAUGCAUAUUUAACGUUUUGAAUACCCCCAAAAAACUGCCGUCCUUCUCGAAAUAUUUUCAGUUAAAAUGAAGGCGAUUUUGGUCACAUUUUGGUUUCUUGCUAUUCUUGGACCUGAGCUCUCGCUCCAAGACGACUGUUCGGACGCACAAGAUCACUUACAGAUCAUAGCAGAUGAAUUCACGCUCUACAACGUGACAACGACGUUACCAAAGUUAACGUGCCUCAAUCUCACCUUCCCUCACUUCCCGAACGUCACCUACACUUCAGUGUUGAUACAGUACCAUGUAUGGAACUCUAAUGUGACUGGCUCGCUCUACGCCACUCCACGACCUGCGUAUGCAGUGAUGGGUGAUCAUCUGGGCUUGGUUUGGCCCGCAAAUCGUGUGGGCACCAUGCAGAGUUACUUGAGCCUGACCAACGACAACGAGACUGCGACCGAAGCCCUGAUUUUAUAUUCACCGUUCAACAGCUCGGUGCCUGUCCCCGGUGGAUGUAACAUGGAAGCUAACCUUCAGAUCAAUCCAAACCUCAAGAUAGCAUAUCAAGUCGAGAACGUUCUCAUCAACGUCACUUUCUCCAUGGCGAAUGUCGGUUACGACAAAGAUCCUCCUGCCUGCGCGGGUUCCAAUCCAAGAAAGAGCGUGCUCCGCUAUGACUUUUAUAUCCUGUUCAUCGACUGGAACAAGUAUUCAAAGAACUCUCUGUUCAGCGACUUGAAGAAGAUGAUGACUGUUGAAGGCAUUCUGAAACAUGGUAGAAAGAUCCAUACUUUUGGCAAAAAUGACAAGCUGGAGCUGAGUUUGGCGAUGUUCAACGGACGGGGCGUUAUCCUGAAUGCGAUAGCGAGAGAUUCAACGACCAACCAGAUGGCACCCUACUCCCCGGCAGUCACCUACGCCUGCGGGAAUAACCAUGGGAGCCUGUGCUCUGGAAGGGUUCAACCUUUAUACGGUGUAGUGUUUGCUGUAGCAAUGAUCAUUGGAGGGAUAAUCUGCUUCUCAGGACAUCAUUUCUUCCAUGCAGAGAUUGUAUUCUUUGGAUAUCUUCCGUUCUGUCUCUUCUCGAUCAUGAUUCUGUCUGCAAACACCGCCCUCACUCAAGAUGUAAUCUUGUUGAUUUCUCUGACCAUGGGUAUUCCUGGUGGCUGUAUGUGGUUGGCCUUGUGGUGGCGCUUCGGUUACGUCCUUCCCAUAAUGAUGUGGGUGUCGUUGAACCUUGGAUUCCUCUUCUCUGCUAUCAUCUUCUUCACUCCCUUCGGAAAUUUGAUUGUUUGGUAUAAGUCAGUAGCCUAUGGUAUGGCAUACAUGUGUGGGGUUAUGAUCAUUCCAGUAAUCCUCAUCGCAUUCUCAAAGUUUCUGAGCAUGCUUGCGUGUGCAGUGUGGGGGAGCUAUCUUGUCGUAGCCGGCAUUAGCUACUAUGGAGGCGGUGUUCUUCAUUACAUUGUGCUGAACAUUAUCCAUAGAUCUUACAUAACAGGGUACAGUGAAGCCCAUGUCAUUGUACCGAUGAACCCUUUAGACUAUUUCCUGAUAGGCUUAUGGUUUGUACUGAUCGUAGCCGGUGUUCUUGUUCAGCGUCGACUCACUAGAGGGCGACGUGACUUCCCACUCUGUCGUUACAAGGAGAACCUGCUGAAGCGUAACCACGAGAAGGCGAUGAGGAAUCGUAACCGCUACGAGGAUCGAGAGCGCCAAGGCCAGCAACGCGUGUUGGAGGAUCCUGCGGGAAACGUGAACGCGGGCGACGUGGGCGAUGACGACAGGAAUCCACUCAUUGUAGAUUAGUGAAAAAGAAUGCUAUGUGAGAUAGUUUUAUAUUAUAUGGUCUACAACCAGUUGGUCUAAUUCUCAGAGAGUCUAAUAUCAAAUGGGCUAGAGCUAUUUGGUCUACUUUCAACUCAAUGUAAAUUAGUGAAAGACCUUGUUAUGUGAGGUUGGUAAAUAUUGUCUUGGUCUACACUAUAUCUCAGUCUAGUAUCUCAAGGGCUAAAUUCAUUUGGUCUACUUUCAAUAGUGAAAGAUCUUGCUAUGUAAGAUUAGUGUAUAUUCCCUGGGUCUAUGAGCAGUUGGUCUACUUCCCAGGUAGUCUAAUAUCGCAUGGGCUAAAUCCAUUUUGUCUACUACAUAUCAAUUAAUUUUAGAUUAGUGAAAGACCCAGAUUGGUUGAUAUUGUCUUGAUCUAGACUACUUCUCAGUCUAAUAACUCAUUGACUAAUUCCAUUUGGUCUACUAUCAAUAGUGAAAGAUCUUGCUAUGUGAGAUUAGUCUACUAGUAUAUUCCCUUGUCUAUGAGCAGUUGGUCUACUUCCCGGGUAGCCUAAUACCACACUCCACCCCACCCCCACCCAAAAAAAAGAGGGAGAAAUUUGCAGACCAAAAUAUGCAUUUUUAAUUUAUUGCUAUAACACUCUAUGGGUAUAGCCUAACUGGAAAUUAGGCUUAUAGGUUCAUGUAACAUUGUAACUGGGCUAAAUGGAACUAAAGCAAACACUGAUUAGACAAAUAGGUUAGACCAUGUGGGAUGAUACCAAAUGGAAAAUAGACAAAGCGGAUGUAGACCAUUUGGCAAUUUACUUUUUACAUCGCUGGAAUACUUGAUGAAAGUAUUAGCUCAUUUUCCUCAAUUUGAGGUAAAACUAUCUACACUUUAUAUGUAGUUCUUUAAACAUUCCUUCCAUUAAUAAUCAUUUAUCAUCAUUAGAUGUUCUGAAAACUUAGGGUAUGCCUUUAAAGUAUGUCCCAGAAAUCCAGAAAUUGAGAUUCCCAUUUUUCUCCAAAAUGAGCAAAUAAUAUUUUUACAUUUGAUUUACAGCUUAAUAAAACUCUGUUUAUCUUUUAUAUUGAUACCAACUCGGAUAACUA